CUUUUAACUGUCAGAGGAAGGUUGUUGGGCGCGGAUUGGCUCCUGCGGGAUUUCUGCCCCCUCCCAGUUCUUCCUGGUAGUAUAUGUGCUUAGUCUCUGUUUUUGAUGUUUAUAAGCCAGUCAUGGCGGGUGCUGUUUUGGAAGCUGCGUCUGAGGGGCAAGAGGAGCCUCUGCUAGGCCUCUGCGGCGAAGGUUGGAGAUCUGAUAAUGUUAUGGAAACCCUGCAGCAUUACAAUAGUCGAUGGAGAUCUAUUUGGAUAAUGUAUAUGACAAUGUUCUUCAGCAGUGUUGGUUUUUCUAUUGUCAUUAUGUCAAUAUGGCCCUAUCUCCAACAGAUAGAUAAAACUGCAGAUGCAAGUUUCCUGGGCUGGAUUAUUGCUUCAUAUAGCAUUGGUCAAAUGAUAGCUUCCCCCUUCUUUGGAGCAUGGUCUAAUUACAGGCCAAGAAGAGAGCCUCUUGUAGUUUCAACUUCUAUUUCAGUGGCUGCUAACUGCCUCUAUGCCUAUGUUCAUUUACCUACUUCACACAACAAAUACUACAUGCUGGUUGCUCGAGCUCUGGUGGGGUUUGGGGCAGGAAAUGUAGCAGUAGUUCGGUCGUACAUUGCUGGUGCCACCUCUGUUACUGAAAGAACUAGUGCCAUGGCAAACACUAGUGCAUGUCAAGCAGUAGGAUUCAUACUGGGACCAGUUUUUCAGACGCUUUUUGCACUCAUUGGAGAAAAAGGAGUCACAUGGACAAUCAUUCAUCUUCAGAUUAACAUGUAUACUGCCCCAGUUCUAUUUGGAGCUCUGCUAGGAACCAUCAACAUUGUUCUGAUAUUUGCUAUAUUUAGAGAACAUUGUGUAGAUGACAUGGGAAGACCACAAAGGAGCAUUAAUUUUGAAGCUGAAGAAAAUGACGAGAUGAGUCAAGGUAGUCAAGAAAAUAUUGACCAUGUGGCUGUCAUAUCAACAAACAUUCUUUUCUUUGUCAUCUUAUUUGUUUUUGCUGUCUUUGAAACCAUAGCUACACCAUUGACAAUGGAUAUGUAUUCCUGGACCAGGAAAAAAGCAGUGUUUAUUAACGGUUUCAUCCUUGGUGCAGUUGGCAUUGAAUCAGUCAUUGUGUUUUUAACAGUUAAAGUACUUUCCAAAAAGACUGGUGAACGUGCUAUACUUCAUGGAGGUCUGGUGAUUACCUUGGUUGGAUUCUUUGUAUUAUUACCUUGGGGAAGUCAGUUACCUAAUAUUCAGUGGGAAGACGUAAAGAAUAAUUCUAUUCCAAGAUUGACUUUCAGUGAAAGCCUUGCAUCUUCCUGGACACUGCAAACACAACUUCCAUCCAAUAAUACUGUAGAAGCAACAGGAUGUCCUGUUGUACAGUCCUGGUGCCUCUAUACCCCAGUCAUCCAUUUGGGCCAGUACAUCACUACUGUCUUUCUUAUAGGACUUGGUUAUCCAGCGUGUAAUGUCAUGUCAUAUACUUUAUAUUCAAAAAUUUUAGGACCAAAGCCCCAGGGUAUCUACAUGGGUUGGCUGACUGCCUGCGGAAGCGGUGCACGUAUACUUGGCCCAGUGUUUGUCAGUCAACUCUACUCUCAUUUUGGACCCCGCUGGGCAUUCAGCCUAAUCUGUGGCAUUGUUCUUCUCUCUCUAUUACUUCUGGAAAUCGUGUACAAGAGACUUGUUGCAUUUUCUGUCAGGUAUGAGAGACUGCAAGAGCAGAUCUCCUAGUCUGGGUAACUACUGAUCAAUCUUGUUUUGCUGCAACUAGUGUGUAUUGCUGCCAACAUUCAAGAUACGGUAGCUAUGAACCUGACCAGUGUGCCCUGUGGAAAUACCAUGCCCUGCUAUUAAUAGACUUAUCAUUGGUAAAGUAGUGAACAUGAUAUGCUUCUGUGAUCAAGACAAUGCACAUAGUUUCAAAAGUGUAUCAGGCCUAAUUCUACUUAUUUUGGCAAUGUACUUCUUAAAAUGUUUUGAUUCUGUGAAUCGGGUGUUAUUGAAAGUUUUUUUCUGAACAAAACUUGAAAAUAUGCUUGCAUUUUUAUAAUCUGCUACCUUUUCUAAAUUUUAAUGAGUGGUUUCUGAUAAGCUUUAGCAGAAGCUAACGGUGUAAAUAAAAUUACCAAAGGUA